AGUACAGUUAAAAAAUUCUAUAAUUCACAACAGGGGUAUAAAAAAAAACUACCCAACACACAAAUCAGUGAAAGUAUCUUAACAAAUCUAUCAGUAUGCAACAUAGAUCCAGAAUUUACGAUAGUGGCAAACAACAGCAUCCAGAAUCCUUUCUCCAUGAGUGAACUGAAACAAGGUAUAAACAAUAAAAAGGACACAGCAACGGGCAUUGAUGCAAUCACUUAUUCAAUGAUCAAAUAUUUACCAGAGGCAGCCUUAAAAAGCUUACUUCAUAUGUACAAUAAGGCACUAGAGGGAAAAGAGAUUCCUGAGAGCUGGAAAACACAAAUAAUACUCCCGUUUCUCAAACCUACCAGAAAUCCGCAACUCGUAGAUAGUUAUAGAGCCAUAGCCCUCUCAUCAUGUGUAGGCAAAAUAAUGGAACACUUUAUUAAAAACAGACUGGAAUGGAUAUUGGAAAAUAACCAUACAUUCAACAGCUUCCAAUCAGGGUUUAGAAAAGGUAUGGGAAUUCAGACUAAUAUUGCUUUUCUUACAUCUUAUAUUCAGGCAGCAUUUUCAGAGAAUAAAAGUGUGUUGGGAAUUUUCCUAGAUAUAAAAGCCGCCUAUGAUCAUGUAAACAUUUAUAUACUUUAUAAAAAAAUGUUAGAUUUAAAUCUCCCAAUAGAACUAACUAACCUUACAUUCAAGCUUCUUCAUAACAGGAAAAUAUAUGUCAAAGAUGAGGAAGAAAAUCUCAUAGGUCCGACCUUUACAACACAAGGUUUAGCACAAGGAUCACCACUCAGUCCGUUACUAUUUAACAUCUAUAUACAUUCGAUUUAUGAAAUAAUACCAGAGGAAUGCAUUUUAUUGUCAUAUGCAGAUGAUCUAGUACUGCUAAACAAACAUCAAAACCCAAUCCAAGCAGCAAUAGGAUCAAAUUUAAUUCUUGCAGACAUAAGUGAAUGGCUAGCGAAACACAGCUUCUCUAUUUCAGUAAACAAGAGUGAAGUAGUAUGGUUUGCAAAAACUAGUAAUAGCUACAUAUAUCCAGAAAUCGUUAUGGAUCAGCAGAUCAUCCCUCGUAAAAAAGAAAUUAAAUAUUUAGGAGUCACCCUCACAGAAAACCUUAACUGGAACCCCCACAUAGAAAACAUAAGAAGUAAGGCUAUUAAAGGUAUUAACGUAAUGAGGGCAAUAGGGAAAGUUUGGUGGGGUGGGGACCCUGCCACUUUACUACUGGUAUAUUAUGGUCUGGUGAGAUCCCAUUUGGACUUCGGCAGCAUAUUCAUAAAACCAUCAAACAAAAACACCUUGCGUAAGCUAGAUACAGUACAAUUUCAAGCCCUAAGGGUUAUCCUCGGAUGCAUGAAGUCAACUCCUACAACAGCAUUGCUGGCAGAAACUGCAGAGAUGGCACUAGAAUUUCGAAGAAAAUGGUUGGCAACGAAAUUUAUGACAAAAAUGUACAGCAUUCAAGAUAAUCCGAUUUUAAAGGUAAUCAAAGAUAUUAAACAAGCGUGUACUUAUAAGAUAGGAUAUUGGAAACAAAGAGAGAGACCAUACCUAGUGGAGGCACUUGACCAACUAGAACCAUACAAAAGUAUAAUUCACACAGCAAAUGUGAUACCCUGCUUCUCGUUCAACAUGGACAUACAAUACACACGACUUCCCACAGUGCAAUUAAAAAUCAGCAAGUCAGAUCAUCAUCAAAAUAUGAUAUUCAAAGCAGCAACAGAGAAAUUAAGUGAAAACUACCUAUUUAUCUAUACUGAUGCAUCAAAAAGUGGGAAUGCUAAGGAAGCAGAGACAGGCUACGGUGUAUACAUUCCCAAUAUCAACUAUUCAUACUCAUCUAGAUUACCAUCAGCAUUGAAUAUAUGCACAGCAGAAAUAGUGGCUAUUGGUAAGGGGGUAAAGGAAUGUCUGAAUCGAGGUAUUACUGAUUGUAUUGUCUUUACCGACUCCAGAAGUGCUAUACAGAAACUAACAAAAGUUGGCAUAAAUGCAAAUAAUGAUCAUACCACAUUAGAAACGAAACAGCUAUUAGUAGAGGCAAACUCAGAUAACAAAAAAUAUAAAUUGUGCUGGAUCCCCGGUCAUUCAGGAAUAGAGGGAAACGAAUAUGCUGAUAAGUUGGCAAAUAUUGGGAGAGUACUUAAUGUCCCACAAAGUAUGAAAAUAAACUACACAGAUGUUUGGCCAAUAUUGAAAAGUAAAAUAAGGAGGGAACAUGACAUAUGCUGGAAAUCACAGACACAGACUAAAGGGAGAUGGUAUUCUGGAAUUCAACCCUCAUUUCCAGAUAAACCCUGGUUUAAAAAAUUUCCCUAUAUAGACCGAAGACACCUGACUAAUAUAAUAAGGAUGAGGACAGGGCACUGUUGCACAGGAUCACAUCUAUAUCGACUAAAAAUAAAAGAUCAUCCAUUCUGUGAAUGUGGAAGAGAGGAGAAUAUAGACCAUAUUCUUUUGCAAUGUCCCAUAAGAAAAGGUACACAGUUUGAUCUUAGAGAUGAACUAAAAAAACUAGGGGUCCCAGUUAGUUUUAAUAUACAAGAUAUUCUUUGCAAUCUAACUUUUGAUCAACUAAAAUUAAUUGUUACUCAUUUAAAUAUUAACAAGGUCAAUUUGUGAAAUACAAACUCAAUUGUCCCAUAUUUCUUUAUCCUAUCCUGUCCUGGGUUCUAGUCUAACCGAGGUAACAUUUCGGGUUGUGAAAGCUCUGCCGUUACCCCGGAGCGAGAAGAGUUUUAUCCCUAUGUUGUUCUAUUUGUCUAAACUAACAUCUCUCAUCACAGGGUAUAUUUCUAUACGUAUAAAUUUGUUAGAUAUUAUGAACGUCUAAAGAAAUGAUUUUAAUAUUUAAGAAUAAAGAAACAGGAAAUAAAAUACUAAAAUCCGUUAGCCGAAACAUAACCUAUCAUAUUAAGUAAUUGUCAAAAAAAAGCGUAGAAUCUUCUUGUUUGUCUUUAGAGUGCUGCAGUAUUGCUAAGAGCAAGACAACUGCAACACGAAAGAAAUGUGCUGGCAGAUGCACUUGUAUGCAAGCCAAAAAAAAGAAGUGGAAGUGGAAGUAUUUGGUUCUCUCUAGCCGCAAGUUGAUUUUUGUGUUUAUUUUUAUAAUUUCAGCUUUAACCUAACCUAACAUAAUCAGAUUCAAAGAUGAUUUUAUCGUUUUUAUUUCCAUUUUGGAAGAAGGAAUGAAGGAAAUUUACAGAUAUGACAAACAUCUAGCUAGAAGAUGGAAUCUUGCGUUUUUAAAAGAAAAAAAGCUAGUUCCAGAAGUAAGCUACCAAUAAUAAACUAAAGAAUGUAUUACAAGAAAUAACAACGCUAAUACUCAACAUAGUUCAAUUGCUUCAGAUAGAAAAAAAGGAGGAAAGGGUACAACACAAACGUGCCAGAGAAAAUGAAAGGGCAGAAGAGAGACACAAAAUUCAUUGAUUUAUUAAAUUUAAAAAUUAAAUUAUACAAAGGAUAAUUAAAUAAAAAAUUAAAAAAUGA